AUGGAGGAGGCAGAGUCAGAGGGGCUGAAGGUAACUGUGUUUUAUUGCUCCUUGGAUAUAGUGAGGUAAAAUAGAUAGACCCUAACUCACUGGUUUUUAACCCUUGGGUAAAGGGUUAAAAAGGACCACUCUAGGCACCAACACUACUUCUGCUCAAUGAAGUGGUCUGGGUGCCAGGUCCAGCUAGGGUUAACCCUGCCUGCUGUAAACAUAGCAUUUUCAGAGAAACUGCUUUGUUUAUAAUAGGGUUAAUCCAGCCUCUAGUGGCUGUCUCAUUGACAGCCGCUAGAGGCGCUUCUCACUGUGAUUUUCGCAGUGAGAAGACGCCAGCGUCCAUAGGAAAGCAUUGUGAAUGCUUUCCUGUGGACUGGCUGAAUGCGCUCGCGGCUCGUGAUGCGCAUUCUGCCGAUGGCGGGAAAAGAGGCGGAGAGUCCCCACCGCCGAGGGAGCCCUGCGCUGGAGAAAGGUGAGUGUUUAACCCCCUUCCUCCCUCUAGAACCACUUCCUCACCUGAUUAUAGUGGUCCUUUAAUCAGGCAUCUGCUUGCUAUCCACAAUAAAGGGAUUACUGUAGCCACAGGGCAGUUCCCAAGGGGUUGGUAACCUUUAUACUCUGGCAAAGUCUAAUACCAUAGGUGCUGUGCAAGUUUGAGUUUAGUAUAUAUUAUAAUACAUUUGAAGAAUGAAGAUAAUUUGGGUAAGAAAAUGUUAGGAACCACAAAAUUAGUUGUAUGGAGAACCAUAAUACUAUACUAUUGUCGUCUAAUUGGUAGAUAGCAGUGUACUGUUGUUGUUGUUGUUAUUAUUAUUAUUAUUAUUAUUAUUAUUAUUAUUAUUAUUAUUAUUAUUGCCAUUUAUAUAGCGCCAACAGAUUCCGUAGCGCUUUACAAUAUUACUAUUGAAAGACUGGAGAUAGAUCAUUAGGAGUUGUAGUAAGGGGCUGUUGCUCUGUUCUAUUAAUAACAAAUAUUUAUAUUGGGAAUCUAAAUAAUGAGUAUUACAAGAUAAAUACAAUUGCAAGAAAAGUAAAAUAGGUCAAAAAAGUGUGUUUCAAGAUUAUGGGAGCUGGGGUCAUACAUGUACGCACAGUUAACAGGGUUGUUGUGUUGUUUAUUACAGACAAAGUUAUUUCAGAACCAGCCAUACGACGAAAGUCUUGAGGUCAACGACUCAGAAGAGGUUGCAAGUCUGUACACUCCAACUCCCAGAAACCAAGGUUAGGAAGACUAGCACUAUAUAAUGGCUUCCUAAACUAGAGAUUUUUUGUAAAUAUGAAUGAUUAGUUUGGCAUAUACCCUUGUACGUGACUCACUUUAACAUCUUCAGAUUGUUUACAUUUUUUUUUUUUGUCAACCAUUUUUUAUUGAGCCAAAGGAGGUCAACAGUCAAACAUUAGACUUCCUGUAUACAGUAGAGCAUUAUAACAGAAGAUAAAGAGGAUUGUAAGGAAACCAAGUAUAUCCAAUACUCAUUCGGUAGUUUCCUUCCGAACAGCCAGAGCAUCAGUGACUAUAACUCUCCAUUCGGCAGAUAAAAUAAACGAUUCCCAUACGAAUGCAAUAGCUUUACCAGACAAUUCCCUUAGUACAGCCUACGAAUAUCCAAACAUCAGCCAGAGUCUAGAAGAAGGGUGCAAAAGAACUGAGCUUUAUUGUGCCACACUGGCUUUUAUGCAAGUCCCCGUGCAAGGGGACAUCCCACAGGGAGGGACAUGGUACAGCCAAUCAUAACAAGAAAAAUUGUUAUUCACUCCCAUUGUAAACAUACAAUUCCCUCCCCUGGACCUGGAGAUAAUUCAUGGCAGAUAACAUAAUAACUUCAUUAUCUCCAGGCAGAAAAAGUACAGUUUUCCCCAACUUUCAGAACACCUCUAAAAACAUGGGGUAUCCCCUUAAAAGUCCCCUGAUAGCCCUGAUCUGAGUGACCAACAUGUCCGAAAAUCACCCAGAUCAGUUCAGUGGUUCUCAAAUUCCAUGGAGGUCUUAAGUGACCGGCUUCCCACAAGGCUGCUGCCCAAAAACCGUUUCAUGAGUUUGGGUGGUUUUGCCGGUCUAUUUCGUGAAGUUGAAAUAAACGAAUAAUCCCACAAACGGUUUCCCCUGGCUCCUAGCAGCGAUUGUUCCCCUCAUACAAAUGCACAAAAGUACUGAACAGCGCUCUCCUAACUGUUCGAGAAACAAAGAUCCAGCGUUCGUAUGUUGGGACCGGUGUUCGGGAAGUCGAGUGUCCGAUAUUAGUUCCAGACACUCAACGACCAAGUCCCGCUGCCUUUGUUCGCACAAACAAGAUGGCACAGGUAGAGGGUUUAAUUGAAGCAUGCUUUUGAAGUUAACGAGCCGGGGGGGUGGUUUCUGUUCAGUAGUUACAUCUACCGAAUGAAAAGGGGAGAAAUAACGAACACAAAGAGGGAUUUCUUCACAAGGAUAAACAUGUCUUGUUUCUGAAAUAUUUAGAAAAUGCUGAGCAGGUUAAGAAGAUCAUCUUGAGAUGUAAAGUUAUGUAAAAGGAUGACUGGUAUAACACAGCCAGAGCUGAGGAGGAAAACAACUAGCAGAAUAACAGUCGCCCAGGUAGGAUUGUCAGCUCAGAUUAGACACCAAUACUCUGUUCAAAUUGUGAAAUGGUACUGAAACUGUAUACAAAACAUUUUAAAGCAUACAUCUGAUUUCUACCGGAAUUUCAAAGAAAAGAGAAGCAAGACAGCAGUGCCAAUGAUAAACAUACCACUGGUAGGCAUGUUAUAGCAUCCUCCCUGGUGCUAGGAACUGAUCUCGCCUAAAAGGUUAAUUGUAAACCGUGCCAUGCACCAUGCUCACCACCCUGUAUAAAUGCAAUCACCCAAUUCCCAAACUAGCUAUGAGAUUCCCAUUAGGAUGUACUGUCCCGGUCAUCAAGACUGGCUAUGCCAUUGGCCCCAGGCCUCAGGGAGAGCCCAUGUGCUAUCCUCAAUGAUCCAGUCACACUUGGUGCUGCAAUCAAAGUGCCAGAUAGAUCGAGGUUUAGCUUGUCUCAGACAAUUCCCCCUCCGUGGGUGUGAGUUGUGCACCAGGGGUUGUCCCCUCAUGACCCUCAGCCCGGGAGGGCGGGUAGUGGAAAACCCGAGAAGAAGACAUGCAACUGAGGAUAGUAUCUUCUUCUUUGGCUGCUUCGGGCAAAUGGGUGUGAUAGCAUUCCAACUAAUAGCUGCAGACGCAAAAUGCUGGCCAUCCGCAGGUGAGUGCAGCGAUGAUCUGCCACUCCAUCUAGGCUCCUUAGCCUGACGUUACUUAUGGCUCAAUUUCAGCCAGAAGUUGGCAAAGAUUGUGUUACUGUCUGCCAUGUUAGCAGGAACAGUGUUGCAGACUUUGUGCAGCCCCUCCAUUAGUAGGAAAGUAGGGCCGAGUUGUUGGUGCCUCUCCGUCGUCCGCAAGACCAGACAGAAUACCAGCGGUGAGAUCAGCCGCUUCUCCCUCGCCUGCUCCCUUAGGUAGGCCGCAGAGGUUGGUCAAAGGUAAACUGCUCGCUGUGCAUCAACUUUAGAUGUCAGCUUUUUUGAGUGUAAGUUGUCCCCAGCACAUGUGGCAAAAGUUUGUUCAAGCAGAUAGCUGUAGGUAAUUUCACUAUUAUGAUAGUUUGCACAGUGUUCACUCCAUGUGCAGCCAUUCAGCAUGGCAGUCAGGCCACGCUACCUUCAAAUUUUUUUGAUAGCCCUAAACAAAAUUGUGCAAAAUAUACUAUCCCAAACUGUGACUUUUCACCUUUAAAGGACCACUAUAGUGCCAGGAAAACAUACUCGUUUUCCUGGCACUAUAGUGCCCUGAGGGUGCCCCCACCCUCAGGUUCCCCCUCCCGCCGGGGUUAAACUUACCUGUUUCUCCAGCGCUGGGCGGGGGACUCUCCGCCUCCUCGGCUGAAUGCGCAUGCGCGGCAAGAGCUGCGCGCGCAUUCAGCCAGUCUCAUAGGAAAGCAUUCACAAUGCUUUCCUAUGGACGCUGGCGUCUUCUCACUGUGAAAAUAACAGUGAGAAGCACGGAAGCGCCUCUAGCGGCUGGAUUAACCCUAAUAUAAACAUAGCAGUUUCUCUGAAACUGCUAUGUUUAUAUAAAAAUGGGUUAAACCUAGCUGGACCAGGCACCCAGACCACUUCAUUAAGCUGAAGUGGUCUGGGUGCCUAUAGUGGUCCUUUUAAAGGAACACUCCAAACAUCAUAACGAGUGUGGAAUUCUAUAGUGGUGAUAUUGCUAGGAAAACCAUGGGGCUGAUCCUUGGUAAGUGGUCAAAUUAUUUUGGUAGAGAUUGGAGAAGAAAUGUUUAAUUUUAUUUAUAAAUAUAAAAAUGGUAGGGGGUGGAGAGAGGAUGUGUGCAGCAGUGGUGGCACCCUUAUCUGCAACUAUGUAUUACAUUGUAAUCAUGGAGUACGAUUUAUAAGUUGAUCACAGUGACUUUAUAUUAGCUGUUGCAGGAAGUCACAGAUGACCAUUGGAGCAUAAGUAUUCACCUUUCAGGUCCCACAAAGGUUCCCAAUAAUACAAGACUGGGGGUAUCUGCUGUCUAGACAAGACACCAGUUAUUCAACAACUGACAUUGCCAGCUAUUUCAUAUGUGUACUGUGCAAAUGUCCGUGACACAGCUUCAUUCAUUACAAUUGCAAUCAAAGAUGCGCAGUCCACAUAUAUUUAGAAAAGUACAGACCCCGGGUAUAGCUGCCUAGUCCUCUGCCUAUCUUUUGUUUAAGUGCUUUGAAUUACUUUGAGGCCCUUUAGCUGAGGGCUUGAGAAAUCCUAGGUCACCAUGGUGACCCAGAAAUGGGACCUGUUGGUGAGACCUUUAUUGCCCUUGUCCUGGACAACUCUGGAAAUAACAAAAAGACACCAGUGCUGCUACUGAACUGUCAAAUAUAGUGAGCCAAAGGUUGUGUGUGACUGUCUGCCCGCAUAUUGCACUGUAAGCUUCUCUUAGGAGUCUGACUCUGGAGUUUGAUUAACUAUUACACUGCAUGCCACAAUUGUAUGUAUGCUUAAUAUCGCUAUAAUAGCAGGGACUAUAAGGUCACACUGCUACUGAAUGACCGAUACUGCCACAGUUUUAACUUCCUGCUACAGUAGAGAUCCCAACUAUACAUCCAAUAAAUGAAAAGCAUUUAAGUGGUUAAGAAAAUGAAAAAGAACCAAAAAAACCCUUAAACUGUUGGUGUCGGCCAUUCCGCUGUCCGAAGGUCUUUAGUGUGGACCCUUCAAUUUAAAGAUGAAUGGUUCGUUGACUCUUUGGCCUUUUAUUGGCCUUGAUUAGUUAAAAUAAUACAAUACUGGAAGAUCUUUUUAAGAGGAAAAAAAUAAGUAUAGCAAUUUGUGUGUAAUUUGGUUAUUAUUGUCCUUUUUUUUUUUAGCUCCUUUUAAGCCCAAGGUGAACAGACUUGGAGGAAUGACAGACCCAAAUGUAACCAGUGAAGAGGAGGAUAGUACCAUGGUAAUACCACAAGCAGAUACAGUAUUGUGUGUAAUCAUGUACACCAGAUAAAUUCUCACUAUAGCUCCCAAUGCAAAACAAAGACAUCCCUGUAUAUUGUUCUUUGCACAUAGAAGGAAUUGGCAAUGUUGUUGGAGUUUUCAUAUUUUUUUUAGAUGUAACAUUUUCUUUCUUGAGCAAGUGACAGAUAUGUUUAAUUUAGAAUUUUUGCUCCAAAAUUGUUCCUUAAUCAGCUGUCAUUUAGUCACUCUAAGCACCGUAUGGAUAUAGUGCCAAAACUCUGUCCCCGCAAGCCUUUCUUCUUAAAAAUGUUUAUUUCUAGAAAUAGAACUGUUUGGGUAUUUGUAUAUGAAUAACUGUCUCCUUGGCCAUCAUUCAGCCAGUCAGUACAAACUCAUCAUGACUAGCAUUAAUAAUUUUAUGCCACUUUUGUGUUUGGUGUCUGCACACCCACAGCAUGCUCUAGAUACUUUGCCACACAACCAGCUGUUACGUUUUGUUAACAUUGGUAGCAUAGAUAAAUAUAUGCAGCAGUUGCAGGGUGCAUUGAUUUUCCCUUUGGCUACUCAGAUGAAGUGCAGGCAAAAUAGGCUCCUUUUUAAUUUGGCACAUAGCAUCCCUGCAGCCAUUCUGGAGAAGUAUCUGUCGAUAUGGAAGGCAAGUUAUACUCACAUGCUGCCCAUGGCUGAGUGAGUUACAAGCACGUUAUCAAACCUGCUGUCUGGCUGUCAUGCAAUUAAAUUUUUUUAUUCACUAUUCUGUAAGCAUAAAUCUGUUCUGUUGUUUUCUGUUUUUAUAUUUCUCUUUCUAUGCAGGGCUGACAGAUCAAAAAAACAAACUAUAAGCCGCUCUUUUGGGCUUUUAUGUCCCAUCAUUUUAAAUAGAAGUUACUUGCUUCUGCUGGGCUACAAUUCCUGUUAUUCUGACUGAGGCUGGUGGUAGUUAAAACAUAAGUCUAAUGUAAUAGCAUCUAAGAUGAUCAUUUGCUUAUCAGCCUAUGUUGAAUAUAACUCCAAUUAACCUCGUUUAGUGAUUGGCUGAGCCUGGUAUGCAUUUUAGUUCUCUAUGAAGAUGCAUUGGAUUUGCUGAGAUCAUCAGUAAUAAUGAUCUCAGCAGGGACGGAGUGGUGGCCAUGGCGUGACCAGCAUGCCGGCGGUGAAAGAUAUGUAGAUAUUCUUAAUUUAGAAUUACUGCGAGGCCCUUAAAUCUUAAUAGGCAGUAGGAAACUAUAUUGUUAGAAAUACUUGUAUUUCUAAUGUUAGUGAUUCUGUUUAAUGGGCCUCUAAUUAAGUUAGAGGUUUUUUUCCGAACUUAUGGCAUGAGAAAUUCAGUAGGAACUCUAUACCCUUCUAUGACCUGAUUAACUUUGUUGGUUGUUAUUAAAAAAACAUUUUUUUCCAGGAUGGUAAUAAGAAGGAAAAGAAGCUUGGUCAAGUACGAGGGGUCCCACCACAAAGGUUCAAUGAUGAUGAUGAUUCAGAGGACACGGAUGAUGGAGACGACGAUGAUGAUGAUGACGACGACGAUGAUGAUGACGAUGAUGAAGAGCAUGGAGACUCUAACGAUGGGUAAGGGAGGCUAAAGCUUGAUUUGAAAACUAAAUACAUCAUAUAGGAAAAUAAAAACAAAUAUAUCUUAGAUUUUCUUUUGUUUUUUUAUUUAAAUCUUUUUGUUGCAUCAGCUAUGGCAUUUUGUAUAUCUGGCAAGAGGCAGACUUGCUAUGUUGAGGUAGGAAUAAAUGGCAGCUGUAAUUGAGGACACAGUCUUCAAAGAGCAGGGGCCAAAGAGUGGCCCUGGUCAAACAGUUCAAAAUAACACAGAAAAGUAUUAGAAGCAAGGGAAUUGAAGGGUCGUUGUGCACCAAUUAACUUUAAAGGAUGUAGCGGACUCCGGGUAACCCGACUGGUUACCUCCGCUAUUUAUCCUCUCAGCCAGACUGGAACCGUUGUGUGAUUUAGCUCGCAUCCCCCCAGUAACUAGAUGAGCCAUAGUUCUGUGAGUUAUCUGGUUUAUUCAGGCCAAACUCUCUCAAAUUGUACACAGACCCCCAGCAGGGUGUCUCUAUACAGAAACAUAGCAAGCCACUCCCAGGCAUCCCUGUGUCUGGGAGAUAAUUGAGUCAGAAACUAUAACUCAAUUAUCUCUCAGUUACAGGGAAACAUACAUAAUAUUUAUACAAUACAAAAAAAAUACCCCCAAUAUUAACAGGAAUUCGUAUUCCCCGGAUAGCCCUGAUCUGAGCGCCCAACUUGUCCGAAUAGCGCUCAGAUCCGUUUGGUAGAAUAGAAUUGCUCCCAGGGUAAAAUACUGACCUGCCGGCCUCGAGAUAAAAGCCCAAAACAGUUCAAGGGAAAUAGGUGCAAUGGCCAGUCUCGUUCUGGGGUUCCUGUGCGAACACUGUACAAGAUAUUUCCUUGAUUUCAAGGAGCGAAUGCAUCCCCCAGUCGGUAGUUCCUAUAUUCCGAAUGUCCUUUGCAUAGCUGGUCGGGAAGUGGAACGGGCAGCGGUACAAUCUUUGCUGGGUUUCGUGCUAGUGCCUACGUUUGAGAGACAAAAUGUCCGCCAUCCUUUUGUUGACCAUGUGCAUUCGGUUACACGAAAUGGCAGCCACCCAGGGGAAGCACUAAUUUAUUUUCCUUGCGGUUUUGCACUUAUGUUAACUGGUGUUUUAAUGAAAUUCUAAUGAGGUACAGGGGUGGUUCUCGUUCGGGAGUUGAAUUAAGUGUGUUCGGGUACAAUAACUCCCGAAUGUAUGAAAAGAUAAAACAGUCGAAAUGAAUGGCAUGUUUCACCACAAAGAACAUUUAGCUUUAGUUUUGAAUAAGAGACAGUAAGGGCAUAUUAUACAGAAAAGCCUCCCCUCACCCCCUCUAAAGGGUUGGAGUAACCCUUUAAGAAAUUGCAUCUUAUACUCAAUCUGUAAUGGUAGUACACUGCUCAUGCUUAAAGUGUUGGAAGAUAGUCAAUUGGCCUAUCUGUUUGUACUGUCUGUAUAUGAAAAUGCUAUGCUUGCUCAACACUUCCCGUUUCAAAAGCUAUUUACUGAAUACACUAACCAUUUAAAGUUUGCCACAGGCAUGCAUGUUUUUUCUUUCUUAUACUGGACAAUACUGCUCCUUUCUCUUUUUAUUGGUGUAUCCAAUGUGUUUUCCCCUUUCUUUCUUAUACAGUUAUUAUAAUCCAGCAGACUUUGAACAUCUCCCAGUGACAGCUGAGAUCAAAGAAUUAUUUCAGUAUAUUACCAGGUGAGAUUAUGGUCCAGGGCAUGACAGUAGUACAGCAACAUAUGAUUAUGUUGACAAUUUAAGGAUUAAUAUGACAGAAACAGAUACAUUUCUAAACAGAGAGAAGCAUGACUUUUAUCAGGAAGCCUCCAAGUUUAGAAGUCUAAAAUAGUCACAUGGUUAUUUGCUAAAGUGAGAAAUGUCAGGAGUUUUAAAUGUUAUAGAAACACUGUAACUCUAUAGUACUCUAGUCACUGGUUAAAAGUUAACUUUUUUUAAUGCUGCUCUGUUUGAGGCCGGUCCCACCAACUUUGCUGAAAUCAUUGUAGAUCCCAGCUAAUGCAAUGCUUUCCCUUAGGAAAGCAUUGAGUGACUAGUGCGCAUCUGCUGUAAAACGCCUCGCUGCUCUAACCAGAUGGUUUCUCUGAGACCGUCUGAUAAAAAUAGUAAAACUUCACAUAAGCGCCCCUAGUGCCCGUUAGUAUGAAAGCCACUAGAGGCAGGUUAACCCUGCAAAUAAAACAUUGCCUUUCCUACCUAACAGCAAUGUUUUCAGCAGUAUGGUUAAAAUUCAGUUGACAUGGCACCCAGACCCCACUUCAUUGAGAUGAAGAGAUCUGGGUGCCUAUAGUGUUCCUUUAAGGCCAAAGUAGCAGUACAGUAGAACUGUAAGCAUAGUUGACUUGGAUAAUUUUCUUUGGGCAUACAUUUUAAACUCAUUUUGAACAACUGACAGUUUAAAUAAAUUUCCUUUUCGGCAUACUUCAUUUUAGUUACACCAACCCAAUAUAUUCAUGCCAGAUUUGAGUUUAUAUUGAGCACAGAAGCAUUAUGCACCAAAUUAACACUAGCCAGCCUGAAACUCUCAUUCCAAGCUGACUAAUAUUGCUCCUGGAGGUGAAUUUACACCCCCGGCAGCACUUUGUUAUAUCUCUGUAUGUACACGGUUUCAGUUUGAAAUACUGCACAUACAGACUCCAAGCACUAUUGCCGCUUUUAAAACACUGAAGUGGUUACGGUGCUUGGAGUAACCAUUCAAUAGUUUACAUUUAAUUAUAAAAGAUAGAAUACUCUUGUUUACAAUUCCUGUAUUUCCCACGAGAAUGGCUCAGGUAAUCAUUCUGUGCAUUUAAGUCUGAAUAUAUCCCAUACACCUGUGUCCAGCAGAAAUUUCCGAGAUAUGUAUCAAGGCGCCUGGCAGAAAUUCCGUUAGUAAUAUUGGAUGAAUGGAAUUGAUGCCUAAGCUGAGAUCACUUUCAGUUUUGUUAACAGAGCUGUGCAUUGAUGGCCUGUGCUCUUAGCUAUACGUGCUUGCAGGCCAUGAUUUCAGGCAAUGAAGUGACCGGUUUUUGCAAAUCGUGAUAGUUCUCAUCAAGUGUGGGCAGGGAGAUAAGGACAGGAUCCUCCUUGUGCCAUUAUACAAGGAGCAUCAUUUCUUAUGGCUUUGAGUGUCCUUUUAAAUAGAUGUUUUAUGAAAAUGUUCAAUAAUACGAUAAUAUGCCUUUUAAUCCCUUUUCCCCAGAUAUACUGCACAGACUGUAGAAUUGGAUCACAAAUUGAAACCUUUCAUUCCAGAUUUUAUUCCUGCUGUCGGGGACAUUGAUGCAUUUCUAAAGGUAGAUCAUGUAACAUGAAGGGUUUCUCAUAAUUUCCCCUUAAACCAGAAGAAAACUAUAGACCUAAUAUAGGAUCAUAUUUCUUAAAACUAAAAAUAUUUAUUCUUUUUAUUCCUCGCAACUCAAGUCAGUAGUCUCUCCAUGUUUAUAUUUUUAAAGGGUUACUCUAAACCUUUUUAAAUUAAAUAUUUAUUUAUUUUUUAUUUUGAAUGCCCUAUUGGGCAUUACUUAUUACGUACCACCCUCCCUUCGUAAAGCCAAAUAAAAUGAAGAUAACUUACCUGGAAUCCAGCACCGGGCAAAGCUCCCUGUGCUGGUUUCCACUCCCACUCUGACACUACUGCUAUCCUUGCAAGGUUCAAUAUAAAGCAGCCCUGAACAGAGUCCUGGAAUGUCUAAGUCACAUGGACCAUGGAUGUAACUCUCCUUUGGCACGCAAGUGAAGAUAUCUCUGUAUGUGCAGUGUUUCAAACAGAAACUCCGCACACACAGUUUACUACCACCAUGACCACUUCUAAAAGCAAAAGUGAUUGUGGUGGCUAGAGUAAACCUUCAAGUGUUCAUGCAUAUCAUUAACAUAAAUAGUCUUCUUAAACCUUGUUUUACCCCUUUUCUGAUGUGGUAAUGCAAAUGUGUAAAGAUCAUGCAUGGAUAUUUAAAGAUGAUCAUUAUGUUAAAACAGCUUUCAGCUGCAUUAAAGAAUUGGACAAUACAGAAAAUAUUUGCGGUUGGCCAAAGUAUUAUUUGUAAUUCUACCUUCUUCUAUAUAUAAACAGAUACCUUAGUAGCAAGAGCACUUAAUAAACGGUUUUUAAUUUAAUGGCUUUUCUUUUUUUUAUGUGGGAAUAGUAAAUUAACUGCAGGAGCUGUCCACUUUACCAGUUUUGAAAACCUGACUUAUUUAAUGAGCCCUACAUUUUUGUAUGUCUAUUGACUAGGAUCGCUUACAAGGCAGUUAUUGAUUUCGUUCCUCUGGUUCUUUAAAAAUUGUUUUCAAGAGAUUUGGUGAAAACAGGAGGACCCAUUGCAUGUCCAAGCCACCCCAUGCUUCAAACUGUAUAAUAAAGACACUCACUGUUUGUACUCAAUUUUUCAAUGGUUAGGCAGGAUCCUGCUGUGCUGAAUCACAGUUAACCAUUUUAUCUAGUGCCAAUUGUCAUAGGCACCAUAGAUUGUCAGAUUGGUGGCACCUAGAGGGUUAACUGUAACAGCAGUCUGUCACAUUAAUUGCACCUAUAUCUUUCUUGUGCCAUAAACAAAACAAUAGGCUUUUGUGGUUAUGGUGUUUAAGGUGUUUCUACACUCUCCCAAUGUAAAGAUUUCCAUGGCUUUGAUUGUGUAGAAUGUUUUAGCUCUUGAAAUAUUUAAUUUGCUAUAAUUUUAUUCCCUAUUUAUGUAGGUCCCUCUGCCAAAUGGGAAGCCAGAUAACCUUGGUCUUAUGACCCUAGAUGAGCCGUCCACCAAGCAGUCUGACCCUACAGUCAUGGCCCUGUGGCUAACUGAGAAUUCUAAGCAGCACAGUGUCACAGUAAGUGGCAGGGUGAAUUCUGUAAAUCAAAGAGGAAUGUGGAGAUUUUUCUAUGUCCAGUGAGACCAAUAGGACCAUGUUUUAUGGGACUCCAUCUUAUCUGAUUUCACAUUGUCUCUUUAAACAGCAUCAGAUUAAAGUGAAAAGCCUGGAGAAUGCAGAAAAGAAUACUAAGGCCAUCGACACGUGGAUAGAAAGUAUUAGUGAACUCCAUCGAUCCAAGCCUGCUGCUACUGUACACUACACAAGGUGAGAGUCAGACUUGCAACGCGUUGUUUAAAAAUCCGCUCACUCACUUUAGUAUUUGGACUUCAUAAAAUAUUAUUAUGUCUCCCUUUUUUGUAUUUUUGUCAUGCAAAGAUUAGUACAGACAUGCUUGAGGUACCCCAACGGCAUUCCUCAGGCUUAGCAUCACGGAUUACAAUUGGGUAGGAGGUAAAACGUGCGCUUUUUAUAAUAAUAGAUAUUGACGAAGUUAACCGCACUAGGCUAGCAGACAAUAAUUAAAUUGAUAAGUGUAAGACAGAGCCUAUGCACUGAGAUUACGUUUAGCUAUAUGGAUUGGUUCGAUAGUUAGACAUUUAGUUUAAUAUAUAGCCGGUAUUAGAAGGUGACCGCUGGUCUCAAACAAGCUAGCAAAACUCUUUUCUGCCUAAGGUUAAAGUGGAGCAUUGUUAAAUGCAAAUCCCAAUAUUCCCUUUAUUGAGCAUGCUAAAAUGUGCUAAACAGCAGUUAUAUGCUAGACAACAUUUAUAUGCUAAACAACAUUUAUGAUUAUGUUCUGCUGGUUGCUUCAGUAGAGGUGCCGAAGCAGGCAAGGAGUAAGGUAACUAUGUAGUGCCCAUCAGCAUGGAACCCUGUAGAGGCUGUCGGCCCACACCACAUAAUGGCUUUAGUGGAGAGUCUGUCACUUUGGGACAUACAGCCGGUAGGAGGACGACAAGGUAAUGUAGCAAAAUGUCAUCUUGAGUCUCCGCUUAGUCAAUGCCCUUUGUGGGCUUAGCAGGGUCCCGCUGCAAGCCGGCUGUCAGUAUGCGUUGCG